GUGGUGGUCCGCCAUUUCGUGACGCCGCGGGACCGAGAGUGUCUGUAGAAGCAGAGCCAGAGGGAAGCGGGGAAGCGGGUGGGCCUGUCGGAGCGUUAGGAUUUGAGCUUGGGCCUUUUGAACCCAGGAUCUCGAAAUGCAUCGUGAUUCCUGUCCCUUGGAUUGUAAGGUUUAUGUAGGUAAUCUUGGAAAUAAUGGAAACAAGACUGAAUUGGAACGGGCUUUUGGCUAUUAUGGACCACUCAGAAGUGUGUGGGUUGCUCGAAACCCUCCUGGCUUUGCUUUCGUCGAAUUUGAGGAUCCCCGAGAUGCUGCUGAUGCUGUCCGGGAACUAGAUGGAAGAACACUGUGUGGCUGCCGUGUAAGAGUGGAACUGUCGAACGGUGAAAAGAGAAGUCGGAAUCGUGGGCCGCCUCCCUCUUGGGGUCGUCGUCCUCGAGAUGAUUACCGCAGGAGGAGUCCUCCACCUCGGCGCAGAUCCCCAAGAAGGAGAAGCUUUUCCCGAAGCCGGAGCAGGUCACUUUCUAGAGAUAGGAGAAGAGAAAGGUCUCUGUCUCGUGAGAGAAAUCACAAGCCGUCUCGAUCCUUCUCUAGGUCUCGUAGCCGAUCUAGGUCAAAUGAAAGGAAAUAGAAGACCAGUUUGCAAAAGUGGUGUACAGGAAAUAACUUCAUCUGACAGGAGUAUGUACAGGAAAUUAAAGUUUUGUUUGAGACUUCAUAAGCUUGGUGCAUUUUUAAGAUGGUUUAGCUGUUCAAAUUUGUUUUGUCUCUUGGAACAGUGACACACAAAACAAUGUAAUUCUCUAUGGUUUCAGAUAGAUCAUAUGAGGCAUGUGAUAUCAAGAAUUGUUACUUUACAAUGUUCCCUUAAGCAAGAUUUAAUUUUCUUUGAAUUUUAGUUUUUCAUAGACUGAAAUAAACCUAGAUCCUGCCCA